GGCAAUCUCCAUAGCGAUUAUUCCAACAAUAAGGGAUCUAGGCCAUUACGCUUCCCGUACCAAUGUUUCCGACGUGAAAUGCAUUUAUCAGAAGUAUUUGACUAGUUUAAUUAAGUGAUAUACACACUGCAGUAGAUCUGCAAUUAGGAAAAAGGACGUUGAAUUUCAAAACAGCCGCAACAAACAAACCAGGAUGGGGGAAAAGGGAGGACGCACGGAUAUGGACCGUGUUGGUUUGUUUCAGGAGAUGGGAUACGUAACAAUCAAUGAUAAAUAUAAAGAACGCGGAGUUAAAUUUAAUGAAGCAUCUGAAAAGGGUAAACAGAUGUUAACAGAAGGCUCAAAAGACAGGUCUGCUCUACAGACAGGGUAUUUCCAAAAGGCAUUCACUCGAGUGUAUGAAGGAGAGUCAUAUACAGAUCCUAUAAAAUUGCGUAGACAAAAUCGGCUAAAAGAAUUGCAGAAAAAUAUUGGAAAACCAUUUUUACCAAGCAGUGGAGAUAAAAAGCCCUCUGGUCUUGGAAACCAUUAUGGUACAUUAAGUGGACCAGUUGGUGCAUUUAGUCCUGCCUCACGACCUGGCAAGGAGUACAAAUCAUCAGGCAGAAACUUUCAAACAAAUCCUGGAAAAAAAGGCACAGGAUUUGGGUAUCUUGGAGUUACAUUAGGGAAAUAUCCCAAUUACUUAACUGACCCAUUUGAUCAGCAUAAAGAAAUUGCCCGGAAAGAAUUACAACAGCACAAGGGUUCAAUAAAAGGAAGUGGGCCUUUUAAAUUGAAUAUGCAUCCCAGAGCAUAUUUUGAUGGCAAUCCUUAUGCCUCUGACAAAUUUGGUCGCAGAGGUGGAUCUGCAACUGUGCCAACUAAGAAGGAUGAUGUCAAACCCUUCAAACCAAGUUCUCCUGGAAAGAUGCCUGCUGGUAUGAAAGCUGGAACAUUUGACCCAUAUCCAUCGCAUUCAGCUGACCCUUACAAAGUCAAAGUUCCACGCUCAAUCAAUAUUGUCAACAAGAGCGGAAAAACGUUUAUGCCAUCCCAAGGACCCAAGAGUACACCAACAGUGUCUAUUGUCAACCAAAAUGUGCUCAAAUCAAUCAACAUUCAGAAUUACAGAUCAGUAUCAUCCAUUAUAUAGAUGGACCCAUUGUCAUUUUAAGACUUCAGGAAUUAUUUGUACAUUUUGAGGAGUGGAAAAGUUGACCUUCCAAUUACUCUGUAAUUAUUAAACAAUGAAAAUCUGUGCCAUUUAAGCACAGAUACAAAAACAGUUCAUGUCAUCUAUUGUAUAUAUUAUACAUAUAUUAGGUAUUAUUGCCUCUUGUGAGGGAAAAAAAUUCAUCUUUUAUUGGUGUUUUUUUUUUGGUAUAAUUCUAUCUUUAAAUGUGUGUCUGUCUGUUUUUCUUUCUUUUUUUUUUUUUUGCCAUAUCAGUCUGUUUUGUUGCAAUGGUCAACAUGAAACUUGUCAUGUUGGCAAACUCAUCAAGUGGAAGCUGUGAUAAAGAAACAUGUUUUCCCCUAACUUUAGAUUAUUUGACUAGCUUUUAUAUGCACUUUACCUGUAUUUUUGUCAGCCCUGAGGAACACUUGAAAUCCUCUUCAAGCUGUUCUUGUUUUUCACUUAUGCUGUUCCAGAUGCCUUAAAACCCACUUAAUUGAGAUGGUGCUGUCCAAAUCUCACUGUACUUUGAGAAAAGUAUCUGCCUUAGAAAUACAUAUUAUUAAUUAAUAAAGACAGUCAGUUACCUCAAAACAAUAGUUUUCUGUUUUUUGCUUAAAUUAUUCUGUUGCAUUGAUGUUUGUACUUUUGAUUUAAUACAAAUGGCCAAGUAAAUAUGACGUUAUAUUCAAUAUUUCUAAGUAAAAUUCAAGUUUUAUGGUGAUCAACCGAUACAUUUUUAAAACAAACCAAUAGCCUUGUUCAACUUCGUUGCAACUCGGCUAAUAAUUUUUUUCCCAGCAUUUACUUCUUAUAAUGAUGUAUUAGAGUGAUUUUAUUCCCACAUUUUUUUCUGUGUAUUAAAAUGUCAUGAAUGUAAAUGGGUAUAUGUUGAAAAUUGAUUAUUUUUGUUAAAUUUCCAUGUCAAAAAUAAAUUCAUCUUUAUGGA